AUCAUCAGCAGGGCGCGUCAUGUUACGGUCAGAAUGCGAGACGGCACAACUGAUCCACUGCGCAGAGACUGGAGACGCGGCCAACUUGCGGAGACUGCUCGGCCACUAUGGCUUGACACGCGAUUAUUCCCAAAUUCCCUACUCUCGGACUGUACUUCAUAGGGCGUGUAUUGCUGGUCAGCGCGAGUGUGUUGUCGAGCUCCUCAAAGCGGGCGCCGACCCAAACGAGGUCGACGAUAACGUCAGUACGCCUCUGCAUUUGACGAUUAAUGUUCCAGAAGCCGAUGUUGACAGGGUUGAAAAUGGCGACAGGGUUCGCAUUGUAGACUCGCUCUUACAAGCCGGUGCAAAGGUGGACGCGGCCGAUCAUUGGGGCGAAACACCAUUGCACGACGCGGCAACGUGUAGCCUCAGCGAGUGCAUGCUUCGGCUCAUCAAGGCGGGUGCGAACGUGAACAAAGCGAGCGAAAGGGGUCGGACUCCGCUCGAUAACGCCUUUGUCUCGUACGAUGAUCCGGCCAAAGAACUUGUGAACACGAGAAAACGCCGUCGCAUCUGGCCUCUACUCCUCCGUGCCGGUGGAGUGUCACAAGAUUAUGAUAUUGACAGGGUGAAGAAUAAACCGGGCCACGACUACAUCCACAAAGUGGUGUCCGCGGGCGGCUGGAAGGCUCACGAGAAGGCGCACCGCGCGCGGCUCGUCGCGACGUUUGUCCCGAAGCUCCGCAUCCCCGCCGACGUGGUACCCCUCGUCGUCGACUUCUGGGCCCAUGUCGGUUUUUACUAA